GAUCUGCAAUUAACUCCCACUUCAACUUCAAGGGGAGCCUCCUUGGCGGCCUUCCUUCAACCAAACUCUGUAUCAGGAUUGGGAAUUUGCAUUUUGCCCCACUGCCUGUGCACCAAUCUGCAGAACCAGCUGAGGAGUUUGGAACAAGCUGACAAGAUGCACAGCGACGGCGCCCAUGUGGCAGAGUCGACUCCACGUGAUCACAAUGCGGAAGAUAACCGGCCGCAGAGCUCAGAAGCAGAAAAUGUGUCCCAAGAGGAAGAAACAGCACACAACCAAAGGGCACCAGACCCCAAGAUAGCACAAGCUUCCCAGAGGAUGUUUGACAGUGUGGCAGCAUUCCUGAGGGGAGAGCUUUCGUUGACCGGCCAAGAAUGCACUCUGCUGGCAGCUAUGAAUGAACGAGCUGCAGCAGAGUAUGACAAGUUUGGCGACUAUGCUGAAGGGCUGUGCGUAUUCUUUGAGAGGCUGUCACAGAAGAGCGAGAUCCUGAGGGAGUACCUGGCGGAUGUUGAUGAAAUCGACCGGCAGGUCACCGAACUGGAGGCAGUUGCUUCGGCUCUGGAUGGAUACACCAGUUCGUUAGAAAGCAGGCUGAGAACGGCGAGCGCGCCCCCCUCCCCUUCAUGGAGCCUAGGAACUGCCAAGCUGUCCUUUUAGGGAGUCCAGGGUGGUUUCUCUCAUUGCUGGCAUGCGCCUCUUAAAGCCAUCCUUCAUUGGGGCAAGUCUGAACCAAUGUGCGCCCAUCCACUUCCUGGACACGUAAGAACGUUACAGGGCAGUGGUUCACUUGUGCAAAGCAAGGGUAUCUGCUGCUCUGCAAUUGGACGGAUGAAGGGAAGGGGCGGAAGACUGAGGCAUGAACUUCGAUUUAGAAGGGAGGCAGAAAAGGAUUGCUGACGCAUCUUAGAAAGAACUUGUGGUGCACAAUCGAAGUCUGUCUGGUGCAUCCGGGCGCAGAGAUUAGGACCUUGUGAGAGUGACAUGAUGGCACCUUCUUAACUAGUUGACACUGUGGCUCUUGAAGAAGCCAUAAUCCAUAAAAAUCGUGAAGCUAGGCACCACCAAAUAGACGCAACAUGAUUCCGGCUCUUGAGAAGAUUCGGUGAUUUACGACAAGACUAGCAUGGGCCAGAUCAUGCAAGCACCUUUUGCCACAGAUGUAUGAUACUGCAAGCCGGCAAUAGUUGUGCGCUGCCUAGAUGAAGUCAUGGAGUUUGUAUACGGUCAGUGCCGGGC